CCUCGCCUUUAAUUGAUGUUUAGAAGUAAUGGGUUUUUGAUCUUCUCAUUGAGAUGAUAGUCCGGAACAAAAUUUCGACAUAGAGUGAGAGAAUAGGAUUUAUCAAGUUGUUUUCGGAUUCAGGAUGGGAUCUAGUAUUACUCAAUGCCCUUCUGGAAUCAGGGGUGUGCUCUAUGAUGAAUCUAAGAACCAGCAUUCCAAGUACAGUUUCUUCAGUUCUUCCUAUUGCUUGAAGAGGUUAACUUCCAGAUCCAUUACGUGCCCGAGUUCUGUGGAUAUGCAUCCACUCAAGAUGCAGGGCUUUUACAAGCAGUUAUCUGCCCUUCCACAUGAUGGUGAUUUUUACUGGGAGAAGUCUCCAACACCCAUUCUCGAUAUGGUUGAGACACCGAUUCAUUUAAAGAAUCUAUCUAUUCAGGAACUAAAACAAUUAGCUGAGGAAAUUCGUUCUGAGAUAUCUUUUUUAAUGCCAAAGAUAGAUGUUCCUUAUAAAGCUAGUCUUGGAGUAGUGGAACUGACCGUUGCUUUACACUAUGUUUUUAAUGCUCCAGCAGAUAAGAUUAUGUGGGAUGUCGGUGAACAGACAUAUGCACAUAAACUUCUUACAGGAAGGCGAUCCCUUAUGCAUACCCUUAUGCAAAAACAUGGUAUCUCAGGUUUCACAUCUCGCUUCGAGAGUGAAUACGAUGCCUUUGCUUCCGGGCAUGGGUGUAACAGUGUUUCUGCUGGACUGGGAAUGGCAGUUGCACGAGAUAUCAAAGGAAAGAAGGACCACAUUGUGACUGUUAUAAGUAACUAUUCAACAAUGGCCGGUCAGGUGUAUGAGGCAAUGGGCAAUGCUGGAUACCUUGAUUCUAACAUGGUGGUGAUAUUAAAUGAUAGUCGACAUACCUUACACCCCAAGCUAGAGGAAGGCCAAAAAAAGGCAAUCAAUGCCUUAUCCAGUACUUUAAGCAAGCUUCAAUCUAGUAAAUCGUUUCGGAAGCUUAGGGAAGCUGCAAAGGGUGUUACUAAAAGGAUUGGUAAGGGAAUGCAUGAAUUGGCAGCCAAGGUUGAUCAGUAUGCGCGUGGUAUGAUAGGUCCCCUCGGAGCAACUCUUUUUGAAGAACUGGGGCUUUAUUACAUCGGUCCAGUUGAUGGGCAUAACAUUGGUGAUCUGAUCUGUGUGCUUAAUGAAGUGGCAUCCUUAAAUUCAACUGGACCUGUGUUGAUUCAUGUGAUCACAGAAGAGGAAAAAGGGUCAGAUGAACAUCCCAAAAGCAGGUUAGCGUUUGAUCAACAAGGGAGCUUAAAAACCAGUCCGUUAACUCUCUCUACAACAUACACCAAGUGCUUUGUAGAAGCAUUAAGUUCAGAAGCAGAGAGAGACAAGGAAAUAGUCGUAGUUCAUGCUGGCAUGGGGAUGGAUCCAUCACUGCAACUUUUUCAGUCAAAGUUCCCUGAAAGGUUUUUUGAUGUGGGCUUGGCUGAGCAGCAUGCCGUUACUUUUUCAGCUGGUCUGUCUUGUGGAGGGUUAAAGCCAUUCUGCAUCCUUCCAUCAACAUUUUUGCAAAGAGCAUAUGAUCAGGUUGUCCAAGAUGUAGUGCAGAAAGUACCUGUACGUUUCGCAAUUACAAGUGCAGGCUGUGGGAUCGAAGGUCCAACUCAGUGUGGAGCAUUUGACAUAACAUUCAUGGUUGCUUGCCAAAAUAUGGUUGUCAUGGCUCCAUCUGACGAAGAGGAUCUCGUUGAUAUGGUGGCGACUGCUGCAUGCAUCGAUGAUCGGCCUGUUUGCUUCCGGUAUCCUAGGGGAUCUAUUGUUGGUCUUAACAUUAGUUUGCGCAGCGGGCAGCCACUUGAGGUCGGAAAGGGGCACAUUCUUAUAGAGGGGAAAGAUGUGGCUUUGCUUGGGUACGGUUCCAUGGUUCAAAACUGCCUUAUGGCUCAAUCUCUUCUUGCUAGGCUCGGCGUAAACGUCACUGUUGCCAACGCAAGAUUUUGCAAGCCCCUUGACAUUGAGCUCAUUCGGAAGUUGUGCAGAGAGCAUCAGUUUCUUGUCACUGUUGAAGAAGGAACAAUUGGUGGAUUUGGUUCACAUGUAUCACAGUUCAUGUCACUUGAUGGUUUGCUUGAUGGAAGAAUCAAGUGGCGCCCUAUUGUAUUACCAGAUAACUAUGUGGAGCAUGCAUCUCUAAAAGAGCAACUUGAAAUGGCUGGCCUUUCCGGUUAUCACAUUGCAGCGACAGCAUUGAAUCUGUUGGGUCGAAAUCGCGAAGCCCUUCUUUUAUUGCGAUGAAAAGAGUGACAAGAGAAAAGAAGAAGUGCCCAGAGAGAAGCAAUCUAUAGCUUGUUCUUGAAGAUUGUAUAGCAAUAUGGCUUUCGAUAAGUUUCGCCAAGAUUUCUCCAAUUUAGCGAGAGUUCUCUCGAGACAAUUGUGCGGCAAAGGAGCAGUGGAGCUUUUAUUUUCAUGCUUUGUCUUUGCUGCCUGUGGUUGCGCUUGUGGUUUUCGCUGUUGUGUGUAUAUUAUUUUGAUGAUGACCUUGUUCUGUUGUAACCUCACUGAACUGAACGGUUGAAAUGUGAAACACGUUCCGUUGAUAACAGCUUGUAGCUUCAUGAUUUACUCUAUGGUGUAAAACAGCUUCAUCUGAAAA